CAGACGCACCGUGAUCUCAUCCGGAGCCGCUCCGCACGUGCAAAAAUAUAAACUCUCCGUCAUGGCGGGCUCGUUUUCCCAGGAGCUCGAGGACUUGUUGAAUCCGUUGCCUAAGUUUGCGGAUCCAGAGGACGACGCAGACGAAGCAACCAAAGCCCGUGUGGUCGAGAGAUUCAGCGAGGACGACGAGGAUGAUCUUGGGGUCGCGGUCAGUUCUCUUCGGAAACGCAACUCCUCCUUGCUGCUGGACACGGACAGAAGGUAUGCGGGGAAGCCAGUGUCCCGUAAAGAGCUGCUCAUGGAUAUUGGAGAAUCAGACAAGGAAGAGGAUGAUGAGAAGGUUGACACGGAGGAAGAUGAUGAAGAGGGUUCUAUAGAGGAAGAGGAGGGUGAUGACGAUGAUGAUGAUGAAGAGGAUCUGGAAUACUUGAGUAGAUAUUCAAAACUAGAUGCAAAAUUGACACCACAGGUAAAGGACUCUGACAUCACUUUUCCUGAAGAAGUGGACUUUUAUAAAAUGACGGAGGGAAUGGAUGACCUGGGGAUGAGUGAAGAUGGUGAAGAUGAUGGCAGUGGUGAGGAGUCUGAAGGCUCUGAGGACGAUGAGAUGGAAGACGAGCAGGAAGGGGACGCUGUCCGCACGUUUUCUAAAGACAAACUGGACGAGGAGGUAGAGAAAGGCAGGGCAGUGAAGAGUCAGCUGGCUCUCUGGGACCAGCUGCUUGAGAGCCGGAUCAAACUCCAGAAAGCCCUGGUGACUGCCAACCAGCUGCCUCAGCCGCCUGCGUUCCCAGAGUUCAAGAGGAGAGGUGGGCCUGAGUACGCCGGGGCUCUGAAGAACACCCACAAGGCCCUGAAGGCUCUCCAGAGGUCCCUGCUGGAGCUGCAUGACCAGCUGCUGUACCAGAGCCCCGACACACGCCCCAUCGCCGUGGGGAAGCCUCCAGCUGGGAGCGAGGAUGACGAGGAGAUAAACAGCGAUGGCGAUGGAGAGGAGCAGGAGAGGUCAUCGGCGGAUAUUGGAGCGCCCAAAAGGAAGCUGGACAUGGCGGAGUACCCCGAAUUCAUGGCCAAACGUUUUGCAGCUUUCGAGCCCUACCGCAACGCCACGCUGCAGAAGUGGCACGACAAAACCCGCCUGACCACGGGCAAGAGCAGCAAAGGUUUCGGAGCGUUUGACAGGAACAUUCUGACCCAGGUGGAGCAGGUGCUGAUGGACAAAGAGAGGCUGCUGCGGCGCACCCAGACCAGGCGCUCCGAGUACAGAGUCCUCGGCAAGAGAGAAUCCUCUGCCGAGAUCCUCGACAACAUCCCGGAGGAGGAAGAGGUCGCCGAGCAUCAGCCGAAGUUAAACACGCACCUGAAAGACCUGGACGAGGACGUAUUCGACGACGACGACUUCUACCACCAGCUCCUGAGGGAGCUCAUCGAGCGCAAGACGAGCGCCACGGAUCCCAACGACCAGGUGGCCAUGGGCAAGCAGUGGUUGGCCAUCCAGAAGCUGCGCAGCAAGAUCAAGAAGAAGGUGGACACCAAAGCUAGCAAGGGGCGCAAGGUGCGAUUCCACAUCCACAACAAGCUGGUGAACUUCAUGGCUCCUGUGGACCACAGCUCCAUGAGUGACGAGGCCCGCAGCGAACUGUACCGCGGCCUCUUCGGUCAGGACACCGCAGUCAGGGGAUGAGUCAUCAGGAAGGGGAGCGAUGACCUGCAGGAACUUUUCAGACCUGGUGGACAGUUCUGGUGCUGUAGUUUGGUAGUGUUAACUGCUCAAAGGACAAGCUAAGUUCUUUAUAGCAUUUUAACCAUUUAGGAAGACCUCAAUGCACUCACCAACCAGCUAGAGACCAGAAUCUGUUGAUUUUCCCUUGGUCGACUAAUAUCUGAAUAUUUUGUUGCACCUUUUGUAGUUUAUAAAAAUCAGGCAAAGUUUACGGACAUAAACUCUGAUGCAUCAUCUGGAAAUUCCUUCAUGUUCUGUAAGAACCUGACUAGUUUUUUUCCCUUUUAUAUUCUACCGUCUCUAGAAAAAAUCACAACAUCGUCCUUCAAAGAUACAGGCUUAGAAAAUACCAUAUGUGUGCAUCUCUAAAAUGUCUCCUGAAACGUGGGAACUUAUGUAAUCUUUUGUUUCAUAUGAUCUGCUAAAGAUGUGAUCACAGGUGAAUUGUUUCAACAUAUUCAGCUCAAACUACACUUCCACUGUAUUGACACAAAUAAAAAACAUGGCAUAAUCUAUUUUCCAAAUUAAAACAGAAAAUCAACACA